AUGUCGACGGAUCACGCUUGGACUAUAAUAGCGCUGGCAUCACUUGCAGUGCUCCUGCUGCUUCCACCGCUGGUGUGGCACUCUGGCACGCGGAACACACCCGGAAUAAUUCUGAUUGUAUGGUUGUUAAUCAUGGACAUCAAGUGCAUCGUAGAUGCCGCGAUAUGGGGCGGGACGGAUUUUGCGAGCCGGUGGGCCGGUUAUGGGUGGUGCGACCUGAUGAUUAGGCUGCAGGCAGGCGCAAAUGUUGGCAUUUCCUGUGCCGUGUCGAAUAUUGCAUUUAAUCUGCGCCGCAUCCUGAAAGCUGAUGCCGCGCUGCCCAAUGCGGGCUCAUACAAAAAGGUGGUGGUGGAUCUGAGCUUCUGUAUCGUCAGCCCAUUGGUCGUGAUGGGGUUGACGUUUUUGGCGCAGGCGUUUCGCUUUGCAAUCUUCCGGUACAGUGGCUGCCAAGUCGCGCUGUCGCCAACGUGGGUGACUGCAGUGUGCUACACGCUCUGGAUCCUGAUCUGGUCCAUGGUUGGAUUUGUGUACGCGAUACUGCUGCUCUUGGUGUUUUAUCGGAGGCGGAAAGACGUGCGCGACAUCCUACAUUGUACGAAUUCCGGGUUGAACUUGGCGCGCUUUGCCAGGUUACUGAUCUUUUGCCUAGUAAUCAUCCUCGUUAUGUUUCCUUUCUCAGUAUUUUCGUUUGUGGAGGACCUUCGUAACGUGGAAGGUGGCUAUAUCUUCAUAUUCAAGGCGAAUAGAGAGAUGUGGAACCAAAUCCCCCACCUGGACCCAGGCUCGCCAUUGUACAGCAUAUGGCUUUACAUACUCAUGUCGUACCUGGUGUUUCUGAUCUUCGGACUUGGUUCGGAUGCUCUCUCAAUGUAUGCCGGGAUAGCCAGGGCAAUUGGAUUUGGAGCUGUCAUGGAUAGGUGGAAUUCACAUGUAAACCGUAACUCCGACAAACAUACCGACAGAAUUACACGCCAGUUCCUUCAUCGCCACGGUUAUGAUGAAUUCCACAGCAAGCCCUGCGCUGAUUCAGCAGCAGCUCGUACGGACAAAUCAAUGCCUAGCACGCCAACGAAUUUCGUUGUGGACUACGCCUUGCCGCAGGAUCUCAAGCGCGAAGAAAGACGUAGGCGACAGGCUUAUAAUAAUGGUAACAUCUACUUCGACGAUUCGGCGCUGGGAAUGGGCCGCUAUGGUGACUGUCAGCUUGAUCUUGAAAGUGGAAUUGACUUGUCACCCAUGACUGCGAUAUCCUUCUCACGUGAAUUGAACGGCUCAAUGAAAGAUACAGCUGCUUCAGUCAGCAUAUGCAGCGAUGACACAAAGGCCGAGGUAUUCCCACCACAGCACAGCCAUCGUGGACGCAAUUAG